AAGUUGGAAGCGUGCAGUCGAACUGCGUCGAACGCCUUCUGGAUUUGGUUAUUUUUUUGGGGCAAUUUUGUGGAUAGUUGGAAGUGUUGUGAGACGAAUCACAAUCCGUGAGUGAUCGAUACGAGAUAGGCCAGGAUAUCGGUUCGGUGAAUCAGUGUGUCGUUUCACGAUUGAUCGUGACAGUGGUGAUUGAUCGAACGUGUGGUAUUCUUAAUUUCAAGAAUCGCCAGGGAACGUACGAAUAAGAACCUCCCAAUCGCAGAUAUCGGAAAAAGCUAAGUGUAAUACCCGAAAAUAAUCUUUGCUUGCGCGCCUCACACGCACAAGAAGAAUAGCAUUUAUCGAAGCCAGAACCAGCGCACAUAGGAAGAGAACACAGCGAUACGUUUGCUGCUGGCGCGAUUUUCGUCUCUGCCUUUUCCCCGUCUCGAUUGACUGCCAGCAAUAGUGGUAGUUGCAGUGCAAUCAUCUCAUUGAAAAGCAACAGUGAAAUUAUUCCCGUAACCACUCACUGCUUCGAUAUUCAAAUACACACAAGAGGAGACAGUGCCAAAGUACGGCUGGAUACAGAAUAGUUCUCGGUGGGAUAUGGAAGGACAAACUGCGAUGCUGCCUGAAGGGGGCAGCCAGGAUGAAGGGGGAGGAGGAGGCGGAGGGGGGAUUCCAGUGGCAAAAGCAGCAUCUGUAGAUGCUUUUCACGGGGAAUCGGCCUCCAAAGAACAAACAGAACAGAAGCAUACUUUUGCAGCAGUUCGAGACCAGAGAGAGGUGACUGGUAACAAUCAGCAGCAGCAACAAUCACUUCAACAAAAUCUGAGAAGAUCACACGGUGGUAUCAGCAACAAACAGAACAAGAAACGUUUUCUCCGCCAGCAAAAUAAAAAUAAAAAGUGGAAAAUGAACAAAUUUAAACGAAACCAAAAGGAUAACUUGGGUAAAAAGAAGGAACAAGCAAAAGGCACUGCUGAAGGAAGUGGAGACGAUAAGGUGAGCCAGACAGGGGGCAAUAGUGAGCAAAAACCGCAACAAGGUGGCAAGAAGCACUCCAACAAAAAUACUAACAGUUUGAUGCAAGUUCGAAAUAAGCGGUUGCAGGCAAUUUCUAAAUUUUUCCUUCCGGGCAAAAGACCCAGGAAAGAUUGUAUAAUUCCACCGACUAAAUUUCUUCUGGGUGGUAACAUUUCGGAUCCAUUGAACUUGAACAGUCUACAGAAUGAGUCGGAAAACGCUGUCACGCCGAAAUCGUCGCCAAUUCCAACACCACCCCAUUAUAAAAAUAAAAUAGAAGUUAUCAUUCCACCAAACAUAAACGAUCCUUUGCAUUUGUUAGAUCCGGUGGACUCGGUUGAGUACGAAAUGCAACUUUGCUCACCUAUGAAGAAAAAGCAAAGGGCUCGAAACAAGCGCAAAAGGAAGGCAAAGGCUGAUAAAAACAAUCAGAGUCUGGACAGUAGCACUGGAGGCAAUGUCAGUGGUCAAUUGGGCACGAACUUGCCUGAAGCAGAAGCAACUACUGCAGAAGAAGCACAAUUGGACGCACAUGCCACUGGCAGCAAAACUGCUGUGGAUCCGGCCCUUGAAGGAGGAAAUACUGGAGAGAAAGAUCGUGCUUCUCGAUUUCUGAAACUUGAUUUGGAAAUAUGUCGAAAACGAAGGAUCAGUGAGAGCACUUGCGGAACAACGAAAAAUAAAGUGCGUCGAAUGGAUUCGAUGGAUAAAAUCGUGAGCCCCGUUAUACCACAGCCUGGUGCGUGGAAACGUAAUCAUUGGCCAGCUAUUCCAGCUGGUGCUAGGAAUCGCACAAGAACUCAUUCAUGCACUUCGGUAACAGAUGAACCUCCUGCCAAGCAGUUAUCAGUUGAACCCGAGGAAAUUCUGCCGACAAAUACGGAAGACAAAAAGUCGGAAUUACCAAUUGUAUCUGAACCUCAAACCAAUCCCAAAAGUGCUUCACAAAGUGAGGCUAAAUUUCAUUAUGGAAAUUACGACCGAUACUACGGCUAUCGAAAUUUAAAUGAGUUUAUCGAUGUUAGAUUAAGAGUUUUCUUACGCAACCCCUAUUUAUUUAGGGAUAAAGAUGUGCUCGACAUAGGUUGUAAUGUAGGUCUUUUGACGAUUGCGGUAGCAAAAAUGUUGCAUACCAAGAGCAUAACCGGUAUCGACAUUGACGGGCAGUUGAUUGCUAAAGCUAGGCGUAAUUUAACGUCCCACGUGCGUAUCCCGUUGGAUAUUCCAGAAGAAAAACAAGUCGUCGAAGAUAAAGGAAAACCUGUAGCUACAAAAUCGUCGGAUGUUGAGUUAAAGUCUGAGCUUCAAACUGCUUCUUCGUCCAAGGCAGAUGCACCUAAAGCGGAACCCAAGCCUGCGGAAACGGCUUCUAAUGAAACUCCGCCUGAUUCCGAGCAAGAGACGAAAAAGUCAUCGACUGAUAUAAGUGAACAUCCCGCAAAAAGCACUUGUACCAAAAAAGGAAGAAAUCAACAGCGUCGAAAGAUGCAUGGUCGCUACUAUGGCAAACAUCAUCCUCAUCACCACCACCAUCAUCAUCAUCAUCAUAACCACCAUCAACGUCAUCAACAGCGUAAUAAAGACACCAACACCAGGUUGAAUACCGAAUUUUUCCCAAUCUCGGCACCAUUAUCACUCGGAAACCUUGGUGCUCGUACUUGCCACCUGACUAUUGGCUCUCCCAACAGGAAUUUUCCCAAUAACGUCAUUUUUAAAACGAUGAACUACGUGCUCAAGGACGAAUCAUUGAUCAACUACGACACCCAACAGUACGAUCUGAUACUGUGCCUCUCUGUGACCAAAUGGAUCCAUCUAAACUUCGGCGAUAACGGGUUGAAAACAGCAUUCAAACGAAUGUUCAAUCAUUUGAGACCUGGAGGAAAGCUUAUUCUGGAAGCACAAAACUGGGCCAGUUACAAGAAAAAGAAGAAGCUAACGAAAACGACGCUGGAAAAUUACAACAAUAUUGAGUUUUUCCCGAACAGAUUUAAUGAUUAUUUACUUAGCCCAGAAAUUGGAUUUAGUCAUAGCUAUCCUUUGGGUAUUCCGAGACAUUUGAGCAAAGGCUUCCGGCGCCCAAUACAGCUGUAUGUGAAGGGCGAUUUUACUCCAAGCCAGGCCCAAUGGAGUGAUACCUAUCAUCCGCAAACGCCCCGUACCAACAGUCAGAAUAUCUACGCAGACGUCAAUGCUCCCGCACAUAAUCCGUGCAUUUGGGGAUCAACAACACCGUAUCAACCCAGCUACAGCACACGUUGUACUCCUUCAAGUGGAUUUAUGGCCACCUCUCCAUAUUACAAUCCACGGGAAACGGACAGUUACCAGCCGAGCUACGAUGUUAGCAAUCGGCGGGGAAGCUACUGCUUUGCAUCUCCACUUUAUUCAACCACGUGGUCUCCACCGUCCGAUCUGCGUAACCGGCGUUCGGCUUCGAAUACUCCCAAUUCAGCCAGUGUCAGGAGUGUGGAUAACGAUGAGCAAUUUAGCGGUCAGCAAAGUGGCCGUCAUCAUGUUUAUCCUCCUAUGGAGGUGUUUUCACUGGAUUCAAACGGUCGAUUACCGGAAUCAUCUGGCAGCGCUCGACACACCGAUUCUGAUUCGGAGUUGUCGUCGAACUCGGCUUCACAAACGCCAACCAGAUCGAUUGAUCAGUUCGAUCAGUCCUCCAAUUCGCCCAGUACCACAAAUUCCCAGCCGGACAAAUAGAAUUAUCCCAUGCAUGCCGGAUUUCCGUAACGACAUUAGCGUAUUUACAGUCUGUGAUUGCUAAAGAUUUUUCCUUUCUCUCAGUUUCUUUUUAAUUUUCGCAGUUACAUUUUGAAUAUAUUGAAAAUUUGAUUUUUUCAAAUUUAUGUUCUCUUCAAAUGGUCGUCUGAUGGAUCGCUCAUUUAAGAGUUGAAAUUAAAUUUGUUUAAGUAAAUGGGAGUUGAAAAAGUCCAAUUCAGGCUCUGCCGAAUAAAUAGUUGCGAAAACUAGUCUACUUGCUUUUACAGUUCCAUACAAUGUUGUUUUUAUAUGUAAUGUUAGUUAAGGUCAGUUGUUUCACAGCCGAUUCGGUACAAGUACUGUUGCUAAGGUUAAUUAACACCCGAAAUAGUGUUUAAUGAGCAUUGUUGUACAUAUAUACAAAAGAUUAAAAAUUUAUCGGAUGAUAGAAUU